GAUGGAUCACGUACCAUUUGGAUAAUAAUUUGAACUCGCGUCCGCCUGGAUAUCUAAUAAUUGUGACAACAUCGUCGCCGCAGUGGAAUUAUGCAACAUUGUAACACUUUGUAACAGUUCGCCCUGGGUGCAACGUGGAUGUGAUUAUUUUAGAGGGGAUACAUUGUCGCUUAAAAGGAGGACGCUAUGAGAUAGAUGAAAUUGUAACCGCUGGACGGACACCUUGAUGUUGCUGUGCAAAUAUUUUCAGGAAACCUUAAAAAGGACUAAAAAGAGUGGGAAGCAGUCCGGCAAGCUGCCAGUAUGCUAUGAAAUCGUGACUUUGUCCGUGAAGAAGAAGAUGGCUGCAGAACUGUACCCUGCCAGCUUAAACACCAACCUCCCCAACAGCAACGGCGCGGUAGUGACUGCAGCCAGCAAGAAAAACAUCGUCCAGGUCACCCAAACUGUGACCGUGCCGACUACGACUGCCACUCAGCAAAAUAUCAACAACAACAACGUCGAGACUACCAGUUGGCAGUCCACUCACCCGACAUUGCGAGAAAGGAAUGCCUUGAUGUUCAAUAAAGAACAUAUGGCCGAUGUUCAUUUCAUUGUGGGUCCCCCUGGUGAAUCACAGAAAGUUCCAGCGCAUAAAUAUGUAUUGGCGGUGGGCAGCUCCGUUUUUGGUGCCAUGUUUUAUGGAGACCUGGCAGAAGGGGAGUCUGAGAUUCACAUCCCAGACGUGGAGCCUGCUGCUUUUUUAAUUCUGUUAAAGUAUAUGUACAGCGACGAGAUUGAACUGGAGGCGGACACGGUGCUGGCCACUCUGUACGCCGCCAAGAAGUACAUUGUGCCUGCCUUGGCCAAGGCCUGCGUCACUUUCCUGGAGACCAGCCUGGAGGCCAAGAACGCCUGUGUGUUGCUCUCUCAGAGCCGCCUCUUCGAGGAGCCAGAGCUGACGCAGCGCUGCUGGGAGGUGAUCGACGCCCAGGCUGAGCUAGCCCUCCGCUCCGAGGGCUUCUGUGAGAUCGACCUGCAGACCCUGGAGAUCAUCCUGCGCCGUGAAACGCUGAACACGCGCGAGGCAGUGGUCUUCCAGGCGGUGCUGGAGUGGGCGGUGGCUGAGUGCCGGCGCCAGGGCCUGGGCGCCACGGCACGGAACAAGCGGGCGGUGCUGGGCAAGGUACUGUACCUGGUGCGCCUCCCCACCAUGACUCUGGAGGAGUUUGCUGAUGGUGCGGCACAGUCUGACGUGCUCACCCUGGAGGAGACGCACGACAUCUUCCUGUGGUACACGGCGGCCAACAAGCCCAAGCUGGAGUUCCCGCUGGCUCAGCGGACAGGCCUGACGCCGCAGCGGUGCCAUCGCUUCCAGUCAUCGGCCUACCGGAGCAACCAGUGGCGAUACCGGGGCCGCUGCGACAGCAUCCAGUUUGCCGUAGACAAGCGCAUCUUCAUUGCCGGCCUGGGCCUGUAUGGCUCGAGCGGCGGCAAGGCUGAGUACAGUGUCAAGAUUGAACUGAAGCGGCAGGGUGCCACGCUGGCGCAGAACCUCACCAUGUUCGUGUCGGAUGGCUCCAGCAGCACAUUCUCAGUGUGGUUCGAGCACCCGGUCCAAGUGGAACAGGACACCUUCUACACGGUCAGCGUCGUGCUGGACGGCAACGAGCUGAGCUACUUUGGGCAGGAGGGCAUGACUGAGGUGCAGUGCGGAAAAGUGACAUUCCAGUACCAGUGCUCCUCGGACAGUACCAAUGGGACGGGCGUGCAGGGGGGGCAGAUCCCCGAACUGGUCUUCUAUGCAUGAAUCCUGGGGUUUGUUUGUAACACAUCCCCUCCCCCUGCGUGGAAGUGCAUUCUACCACUGGAUUCGUUGAACAUGCUGGGGAUUAUUAGAGGGUCCAAAAGCAAAAGAGUUCCUUUGCCUUCUUCAACAAUGUAGCAGCAGUGAGAAAUUAUGUAAAUGAAAACAUGCCUGUUAGUCCUUUGACAAAAUGUUUGAGUGAUAGAAUGCUCUUUCCAUUUUUAUUUAUUGAGAUAAAGAUACAACCUAUGAUUUUAACUAUUGAGCGCUGUGGCAUGCAGCCUGGUGUAAAUAUUACAGAGAAGUUGUAUUAUUGCACUCCUACUGGGCCACUCCCUGUUAGCGUGUUGUUUUUUGUAAAUAACUUGAGGCUAAUUUGUUUACAGCUUGAGGUUGGCUGACAAAUGAACUGUCUUGUAUUUAGUGCGCAGCUUAAUGGAACUGCAGAACAUAAAGAAAACGUUUUUGUGACUCAAAAUCAAAGGUGUUGAUACUUGUUCUUUGGUAACACGCCCUGAGAUUGAAAUGAGAAUUAGAAGUCACCAGGGAACCAUUUUCUUACAUAACAUCAUCUCCACCUCUUCCAGUAGCAAAAUUACGCAUACCAUGUAGUCUGGAGUUUGAAAUACUCAGUCAUGUAUUUUUUGACACAAAAUGAGGCGUAAUGGAAUUAUGACUCUUUAUUAUGCUGCAGCAUACUCAAUUUCGAAUAGGCCGACAACCUCAUAUAGUGAAAUGUUAUUGCUUUAACAGUAAAAUCGUGUUUCGGCUUGCCACUUGUGCCUUUUUAGGAGGGUUUGAUCACCAAUUUAAACUUGAAAGGCAAGUGACCUUCGCACAACCCUGACAAAUCACAACGGAUUCAUAUGUUUCUCUCACGCU